AUGGCGACCAGGUGCUUCUUCCCCAGGGACGCGGUGGCCGGACGGCACCAGUCCAAGGCGGCAGAGCAGGCCCUCGAGCAGCUGCACCACGGCGGCCGCGUCCUGUCCCGAGAGGAAGUGGGCGGCGCGGUGCGCGUCAAGAUCGUUGUCAGCAAGCGCGAGCUCAAGAAGAUGGUGGCCGCCCUCGGCACCGGCGGCGAGGUGGCGGCCGCAGCGGCGUCUGCUGAUCGCCGCAGCCGCCAGCGCGCGGCGGGCGGCGGCGGCAGCACGGACGCCGAGCAGAGGCUGCAGUCGCUCCGGCGGCGCAGCAUGCGCAGGGCGGCCGAGGAGACGAGGCGGAUGCAGGCGAGCGGGGAGUGGGAGCCCGGCCUCCAGAGCAUCCCCGAGGAGGUUUACUGA